AUGGAGGCAUUUUACCCACGGAAGUAUAUGAGUACAAUAAACAUCGCUUGUUUCCUUGUAUGCGCAAUCGCACCGAGUCACGAACCUAAUUCUGCCAGAGGCACCAAUGAACGCGUUCGAGGAGCCUACGCAAGGGUUUCACCCCCAUCGAAGCUUGGAUUUAGGAAGGAAGUUCUGCCCAAGGCACCAAGUACGGCUCCCUUGGUUGCAAUUCCCCAGUCCGAUGGUGCAAGGGCCGGCAUUACUAGAUGGGACGAUGGAAACGAAGGCGGCGGAGAUAAGAAGCCAAUUGAAGUAUAUAUCAGGGCCACCGUCGUCAUUCCCGGAUGCGUAGUUGCAUAG